GGUAGGAUAUACUAUCAGGGGUAUGGUACUGUCAGUGGUAGGCUUCUGUCAGCGAUAGGCUACUGGUAACGGUAGGGUGCAGCAGAGCAUUGCUCAGAGUAGGAUAUACUAUCAGGGGUAUGGUAAUGUCAGUGGUAGGCUACUGUCAGCGGUAGGGUGCAGCAGAGCAUUGCUCAGGGUAGGAUAUACUGUCAGUGGUAGGCUACUGUCAGUGGUAGGCUACUGUCAGUGGUAGGGUGCAGCAAAGCAUUGCUCAGGGUAGGAUAUACUAUCAGGGGUAUAGCACUGCCAGUGGUAGGGUGCAGCGGGUAUAAGGUCAAGUCAAACUGAUCUUCUAUUGUUACCUUAUCGGUUUAUGCAUUAUCAAUAUACCGUAAGUUGUAUUUUCAGAUGCACACCUCUCUUGACCAAGGGAGGGGGGAGCAAAGAUAGAGAUUACCCUAGUUGGGCAUUUUAAGGUAUGGUCCAAGUAGUAUAUCAUUACUAAUACACGCAGUGCAUUUCAAUUCUAUUUGCAACACAAGAACUCACUGCACACACAUAGUGUUUUGGUAGACUUCUGAGUAGGGCCAGGUUGGGUGUACACCCUUGAUUGAUUACUGCUCAGAACCCUCUUAAAACGCUGUCUGGAUCACUGACGAUCUGAUGCUACAGGUUCAAGUUUAAGAUAACUCAUACGACUACAUAUAUUAAAAUUACUGCUAUCUCGCACUACAGAGCUGCAGGCACACACUGACAUGCAAUAUGACGCAACACACCUUUUUUUAAAUGUGCGAAACAAAUUUUUUUCUCAUAAAGUACAUAGAAGGAAGAAAGUGGUUGUUGGAAAAGACGCAUAUAAAUUCGUUGUCAUGUCCGUGAUUUAUCGAAUUUGGAACAGACAAUCUGUAUCUACGAUAACGAAUUAGUGCUUUUCCUAUCAGAUAAUAUACAUGAAUAUAUCAUUAAUAAGCAGUCUAUAUAUGGAGUUAUCAUUAAUAAGCUAAGUUGUGGCGAGAUUUUAAUAUGUAUGGACCUAACACUGACAGAUAUCGUGUCUCACUUGUUGACAAUAUAUAUAACUAGACCGAAAUACUUAAGUUUAGUGGAAACUAUGACCCCGAUCUAUAUUUUUGAAAGCGUUGAUUGUAUGAAAAUUCGUAUUGAAUAGUUGAAGUGAUUGAACAUAUAAUUGAUAUUAUUAUUGAUUAUAUUAUUACUUGCUAACAGUUCAAGACAAUGAAUUGCAAGUAAAAUCAGAAAAUUGGUAACGGCAUGAAAGACUACAAAUAAAGGACGUAAGCUAGGAACCUAUUUGUGGGGUCUUAAAACAGGACUCGCGCAGUGAAUGUAAUUUUGAAAGGUUUUUGAAGUCUGGUGUCGCCAUACAAGGAAAGGUCGUUAAGUUUACGUCGUAAUAUAAACUUUUAGGUUAUCAAAAUUAAGAGAUAAAGGUUUCUGGAGUUCUAUUGCCAUUAUAUAUCCGCCCGAGUCCAUCCAACGCUGCAUUAGUCAUUUGAAUGAGAAGUGGUCCAUAAACAAAGCAAAGGAGAGGAUACUAUACAAGCGAAUAUAAAACUGGAAGAGCGAGUUCAGGACUGAAGUUUAUCGCAUUGAUAGCUACCUUCGGCGGGCUUUGGAAAGAUAUUUGCAAUGCUCACGUAAUUUAUACGUGAGUGACUGUAGUAAAGAGUCGUGACGUUAAAUGCUGUUUUGUAGUUUGAUAAGAAUAGUUUCAUGAAUCUUUUGAAGAUUGUGGAGAACGCAAGAUACAAGUCUGUAAUUUCGACGGUACUCGUAAGACUCGAGGGAAGCGUUCGUAUUUAACAGAAUCGUUGACUUGAUUUGGAUCAUAAGAUCAAACACAUACUCAGAGAUAAACCUCGAGGGAGGCAAAAUUAACACAGCGAGAAGAGAACUCUCUCCGCGGUAGUAAAAAGCUGUGAAGAUAUCUCGUAACAAUAGACAUAGAAAUUGGCUUAUACUCAUUGAAGCAGGAAAGCAAAUUUAGUCUUCAAUUGAAAAUUAUCGCGAAAGCAGGUAUAACAAAGACGAUAAUUUGGACAUCUAAUUAACUGCCCUCGCGAAUUCACUUCGAAUGCACGCUUCGAACAACCUAAACUAAUAUACACCCACACGUUCGACACAAAUUUGCAAGAAUUAAACAGAUCAAAUUCGUUGCAGGUGGAUAUUAGGAGAAGUCAUAAGAAAAGCAAGUCAUUUGACAGGUUGUGCUUCAACAAGAAUACUCGGCUAAGACUAAUACGCGGACACAUAUCUAAUAUUUCCAAGACAACACAAGGGGAUUCGGGGAAAAUUAUCGUUUGAAAUAGGAGUCAGUAACAGGGACACGUGAAACAAUUGGGUGGUUUGCACAGCUAAUUUGUCAUACUGUCAUUUAGACGCGAUAUGCAAAGUGAGUUAGGUCAAUAAACACGCCAGACAUUAGUCCAGACAAUAUAGACAUUAAAAUAGAAACCUAGCGUUGGAACUUCUGUGAUUCGAGGAAGUAUAAAGUCUUUAGGAGGGAAAAGAAUCUUAAGAGAGCAGUGUUCUUUGGAAGAAUUCUUGAAGGCGAUUUGCCAGAAGCAUUUUUUUAUUAAUACAGCAGGUUUCGGAAGAGUUAAAUAUCCGCGAGCGAUAAUUACAACAAACUCAAAUUCACAAUUAAAGAGUUUCAUCAUUUAAAUCAUUUGAGAAAUUAAAUCAUUUGAGAAAAAAAAUCCGAACUACGUCAACAAUGUCUAACACAUCACAGGCUACGAAUGAAACAGGCAAAGGACUUGUCCCAGAACCUCAUAUUUCCAUGGUGAUUCGUCUUACACUUUACGCUGUCGUCUUCGUGCUAACAGUACUUGGUAACAUAAUGGUGAUCAUGGUCAUUAUAAAAAACAGAAAACUCCGCAGUAUCGAAACUUACUAUUAUGGCUACUACCUUCUGAAUCUCGCGAUUGCAGAUCUCAGCGUGGCGCUGUUAGUCAUCCCAUUCACCGUUGUAUAUAACGAAAGCGGUGAUUGGCCAUUCUCAGCUUUCCUCUGCAAGUUAAUACCCACGCUACUCGUAGCAAGCUUAUGUGCAUCGAUUCUAACCCUUUUGGUGCUCACAUGCGAACGAUAUUGGUCGAUAUGUUAUCCAUUCAAACCACGGUUAACACGAAACAAACUUUUCAUAAUCCUAGGACUUGUGUGGAUUCUUAGUUUCGCGGCUGCUUCGCCCGAGUUAGUCGUAUACCAGUUACGAGAAAAAGUCUCAGGAACUCAAAUUCAGGAGAAAUAUCCCUGCGCUGAGCAGUGGGCAAAUGACGAACAGCGACAAGCGUACACAAUGUUCUUAUUCAUCUUUUCCUACUUGCUGCCAUUAGUUAUCAUAUUGACAGCGUAUUUGAGAAUUGUGUACGAACUACAAGCUUCAAGAACUCAGUGCUUCGGACCAAAUGACAAAGACCAUAUAAAGAAGACAGUUAAAGUACUGAUAAUCGUCGUAGCAAGCUUCGCCCUCUGCUACCUUCCCGAGAAAGUAUUGUUUAUUUGGAUAGACUAUGGUUCUGGCGGAAAGUAUCCUUAUAUCGAUAUUCUGUUGAAGUAUUCGUACUUUUUUCAGUGGCUUAACUCGUGUCUAAAUCCGAUCAUCUACGGAGCGGUGGAUAUAAACUUUAGGAACUUUUACGCGUCAUUGUUGCGUCAUUGUGCGGGGUUUAAAACGUACGGAGCUGACUUUAAGAGAAGACUCAGUGUGGCAAAGUCAUCACGUCUAGGGCUCGGUGAUUUAACAUCAGAUAUCUCACCUGAUCACGUGUCAGAACAUUUGGUCCAAAACGGCCACGUUAGCAAAGUAUAGGCGCAACCAUAAUUAUCAGAUCAGUUUAAGCUAAAUAUUAACUGCUAUAAUGUAAAUAUAUACAACACUAUAGAAUAAAAUAU